AUGUUUGCCAUUGCCAGUGAUGAUGUUCAACAAGUACGUCAAGUACUGGAGCAUGGGGAAGCCAGCCCGAAUGACAAUGCAGGACCCCAGUCGGCUUUGGCCUUUGCUAUUACAAAUGAUCAGUUGUUACAAAAGCUAGAGAUCGUAAAGACCUUGCUAGCCUUCGGUGCUGAUACUUCUUCGCUUGAGAAGGAACUUGGAUCACCCCACGGAACUGACGCUAAAUCGCUAGGCUCUGCCUUGGAUCAGUUAGACCCGGCCACUCGGUAUUACAUUUCUAGAACAACCGCAUUCCUUACAAAGAGCUCUUCUACGCUGAUGCGAUGCUCUUCGUUCCGACCACUAGCUCGCAUUCGUUUCGGGAUCAUCGGCCAAGAUCGAGCUCUUGAACAGUUGUUCAGGGUCUUGAGUAUACACAAUAAUCAAAAGGCGACAGCGCCCAUUGUGAUAUUGCUGUGCGGUCCUAGCGGACACGGGAAAAGUCUUUUGGCGCAGAAAUUUGGACCCCUUCUUGACGUUCCUACUCACACCGUUAAUAUGACAACACUACGAUCCGCUCAUGACUUAUGGCAGUCUUAUUCGAUAAGUCGUUAUCAGGAUGGCUCCCCCUGCACGCUGGCGGAAUUUCUGAUCAACAACGAAGGCAAAAGAUGUGUGGUCGUGCUUGACGAGAUAGAGAAGACCCAGGAUCCUAGUGUUCUAUGGUCUUUGCUUCUGCCAUGGGAACUUGGCCGUUGUUCUUUUGAGGCGAACACCAUGAACAUCGAUGUUCACAAUACUAUAUGGCUUGGAACAUCAAACAUUGGCCAGGACCUUGUCUUCGAAUAUCAUGAAUCGUUAGAGCAUCCUAACAAGGUCAUGUCUCGGGAAGAGUACGUCAAGCUGAUGUCCCUCUUGCGGCCUCGCGUCUCAAGGCGCCUUAGUCCAUCCAUCCUUUCUCGGGUUACAACCAUAUUACCCUUGGUCCCUUUUACGUUGGACGAGAUGAGAGCUAUUGCCUCGGAGGCAUUGCAGUCGACAUCGGGAGACAUCAUAAAAGACAUGUCUUCCGAGGUCCUCACCUCCGUGGUCGAAGGUGCGCUUUCAGGAUCUAUUCCAUCCGAGGGUGCGCGAUCUCUAUACCGCGCGGUGUCGAAUCUAUUGGUAGAUGCCUUGGAUUUAGUUUAAUAUAUAAGCGCUGUUUCCCUUCAAUCCCGCUCGGAGCCAAAGCGCCGUCCUGUAACGGAGAAGAACGGUGAUUUCCUGUUCUCAUUUUGAUAGUAAUGGCCUCAGUCGGUGGUUCUUCAAUUCGCGUGCGGGCUCGUCGGUAUCUUCUGAACGACGCCUUGAAUGACUGCUGGAGGGCCGGCGCC